UCGUAUUUGCAGUUAGUCAGUAUAGUUAGUGAAAAUAGUAUAUUAGUUAUCAUUUAUAACAAAAUGUGGGGCGGACCAGGCAGUGGCGGCAUUCAAGUUGUCGACAAUGAUGGUUCAGGCGUUCAAAUUGUUGACAAUGGCGGCUCAGGUGUCCAAGUUGUAGACAACGACGGAUCAGGUGUCCAAGUUGUAGACAAUUACGGCUCAGGAGUCCAAGUUGUAGACAAUGACGGAUCGGGUGUCCAAGUCGUAGACAACGACGGGUGGAGCGCGGUAACCCAGAGAAAUCACAAUGUACUGCAAGCUACUACAAUAUUUUUAUUAAUUAUAUUAGAUUGUUUCUUUACUAUAAUUGAUCAAUUAAAAAAUUAAUAAUG